ACCCUGGGGGAAGAAGAGGCUUCCGAAAGAGGACGAGUUGAACGGGCUGCACUGGCAAGAGAAGAGAGCGUGGAGAGCGGAAUGGGGAAAUUUCAGUCCAAACACGCAGCAUGCAAGAGAAGAGAAAACCCAGAAGGGGACAGCUUUGUGGUGAACUCCUACGUGGGCAACCGUAAAGGCUUGGAAGAAGGGGACAGAUUUGGAGUCGGGGAGCACAGGUCGAGAGACAAACAGGAGCUACUGAAUGGUGAACUGAAAGAGGGACAUUUUCGGGAGGACCAAUGCCCCCUGGAGGUUGCCCUUCCUCCUGAGAAAGUAGAAGGAUGUGAAGGUUACAUACAGCCUUUUAAUCUAGAAGGAGAAAAAAUUGCGAAUAAAGACACAAACCGAGGAAUGGGGAAGAAGCGGUUAAAUAUUGAUGAGCUUCAGUGUGAUGUCUCAGUAGAAGAUGACAAUCGUCAAGAAUGGACAUUUACCCUGUAUGAUUUUGACAACAGUGGAAAAGUAACCAAAGAGGACAUGUCCAGCUUGAUGCACACCAUUUACGAAGUUGUAGAUGCUUCGGUCAACCAUUCCUCCACCAACAGCAAGACACUCCGGGUGAAACUGACUGUGAGCCCUGAGCCUUCCAGCAAGAGGAAGGAGGGGCAUUCAGAUCGAGAAGCUAUUCGAUGUAAAACCGAAGGAGAGCACUCUGAAGAAAUGAGGAUUGCGGACAAGAGGCUAUCUGCUCAUGUCAGGAGGCCGAACAAUGACCACCACAUUACACCGUGCCGUGAGCAGUACUGUGUUGAUGAAAAUACAGAGAGAAGGAACCAUUACCUUGAUCUCGCUGGAAUUGAGAACUACACCUCAAAGUUUGGGCCAGGUUCCCCUCCAGCACAACCGAAACAAGAACACCAUGGCAGACCCUCCCAUUCCCAAAACAGGUCCCGUUCCCAGGAGUCCGAGGCCCACAUAGUGCAUCACAGGAGGUCACAGGUGCUGGCUGAUUAUUCAGUCCCGGUUGCUGAACCCACUUCGAGGGUCUUGGAGAUGCAACAAAGGUUAAAAGGCCAGGAGAAGCAGUUCCUGAAGUCGCCCAAGGGUUCUGGCAAAAUGCCAGCCAUGACCAGUGGCGGCAAUGGGGGUGGGAAGCCAGGGAAAGCAUUUAACUACUACAUGCCAGCCGCGCCCUCCCCAGCCGCUCAGGAUGUGUACCACCUCCAGCAACAGCCACACACUCACAAGAAGUAUCGGCAGAAGGCAAAGGACUCCCACUCCCCACUAAAAGCCACUCACUCCCAGCCUGCUGUCUUGGAGCAUGAGGUGAUCCGGGAUUUACCCCCAGUCUUAACCAAUGAGGGUUACGUCAUUCCUGUAAUUCAGAGACACGAGCAUCACCACCACCACGAACAUCACCACCAUCACCACUACCAUCACUACCAUCAGUCCUGAGAGAGGAGCUGAGCUUCAGUCAGGAGGCAAUCCAAGUGAACUGUGUCUCCAGAAACAGAGUUCAGGACUAGAGGAAGGGAAGGGGGCAGUGGGGACUGGGUCAGAAGGGAAAAGGGAGAGUGGAUUCAUCUGUUUACUAAUUAUAACAUCGGGUCAUCUUUCCUUCUGAAAUGAAGCACUGGCAUAUCCAGGCAACAACAAAAAUGUGCUGAAUUUAUCAUUGCUUUUCACUUAAAAAAAACCACCACCUUACGGAUUUGCAUAAAGAAUAUUAUUUUCUAUUCUAUUAAAUAUUUAGCUCUAGAUCUCAGGUGUGGGUACAACUACAAUGUUGUGCUAUGAUGCUCUACAGAGAGGUCUUUUAAAAAAAAAUACUGUCGUCUCAUAAUGUUUUUAAUGAAUGCAUUUGGGGCCACUGCCACCUCUCAGUUAGAAUGCUGUUUUAUGUACUCCAUAAAAACCGUAUAUACAUAUAUAUAUAUAUAUACAUAUAUAUACAUAUAUAUAUAUAUAUUUGUAGAAAGAUAAAUUUAUAUCUGCUUAUGUUUAUAAUUCCAAGAUGAGGCCUUCUUUUUGGUAAACAAUAAUAAUAAUCUCUGCUCAAAUGAUCUUAUGAUAUUUUUCUCACAACUUUGUUGGUUAUUUCUAUUGGUGCUUCCAACCAUUUUCUGGGGAGUUGUUGGACGACUGGUAGCUAACCUGUGAGCAUAGGUCAUGUAUGUCCAGAGUGAAUGUAAUGUGUUGUACCCUUUAAAUAAUUUAUUCAUUAUUAGAUCAUGAUGGUGGUUUGACUAACAGCUUUCUCAUGGUCUGCAAAGUUGUGGGUAGUUCCUUUGGAUAUGUGGUGUGAAGCACUGAACAGAGUGAGGGAAAGGCAGUAAGUAGCAUGGUGCCAAGGGUUUGCUGUUGGUCUGAGUGUCAUUGGUGUUCCUGGGAAAGGAGAUUUAGGUGGCCUUCUGUCUGAGACCCAGCUACAUGAGUCAUGUCACCUAGUGGAAAGAGCAGUGAACUAGAGACACAUCAGUGGGACACCAGUCCUAAUCCCAGUUCUUGCCACAAGCUGGUGGUUUUAUUAGGGUCAAGUCAUGACCCUUCUGGGCCUCAGUUUCCUUAUUUGUAGAGAGGUUUUCCUAAGUUAUCCUUUAAGUCCCUUCCAGGUUCCAAACUCAGCGACUCAAAGGAAUGUUAGAACUGAGGGAAAAAGGAAAGAGUGGAGAAAAAUAAACAUGGUUAAUUGCUACCAUUUCAUUAUAGCAAUGAUACUCCUCAAGUAAACUAAGCUAAGUGGAUUCAACAGAUGGAUAGUGGGAUCAUGGUGGAGAAGUAGGUGGUUUUGAAGAUGGAAGGGAGCAGAAGGGGGCAGGGUCAGUGGAUUGGAGGCAGGAUUCUGGUCCUUAUUCUAGGACCUUGAGCUCCAUUUCUUUGUGCCUCAGUUUCCUGAUCUCUAAAAUGGGCAUCUCCCACAUUGGAAGGACAUGGUAUGGGUUUUAUUAUGAAUUGGUCACAUGAAGAGUAGAAAGGGCUUGAUAUUAAUUGGAAGUAUUGUUGUAACUAUGACACAACUGCUCUCUGAGUUGAGAAAAUGGACAUUUUUAACUCCCAUAUCCCCCACCAAAGCUACCUUCUUAACAGUUAAGUCACCUCUUUCGAUUAGAAAAAGAACUAAAUAUUUGGGAUGUACUACCCAAGAGUUAGGCAGUAAUGAAUUUUAGUGUUCUUCAGUGUAACUGAGACUCAUGGUUCUGGUUAGGGUGGAGAAGUGUACAGGAUACACUAGUGGAAAGGUAAAAGAUAUGUUGUUUGGGCUUGGGAUUUUGUUUUGGGGUUUUUUAUAAUGUGUGAAUUUGUACAUCUGACAAUGUAUUUGCUUUCUUAACAUUGUACUGGUAUAACAAUAAGCAACAUUUCAUUGGAUUUUUUCAGAUGUCAUAAUAAAGUGUGUGUCUAUAAUAUUAUACCCUACUUUAAAAGCAAGCUUUUCCUCAUAUAUACAGUCCAUAUAUAUCUAUGUCAAUGUAUGAUUAUAGAUAUGUAGAUAUGCACACAGUAUAUAUGCACUUGCUAUAUAGAGAGCAUAUCUAUCUGUAUAUAUACAUUUAUAUAAAAAGAAAAAUUAAUAUAUAUAUAUAUACAUACACACAUGACUCCAUAUUUAUGGAUAAAGUUAUAUCUUUUCCAUUAUGCUGCUCUCAAAGAAAAACUGAAUUCUAAAGUAGAUUAAUGAUAGAGGGAACAAGUUCUAUACCAUUGCCUCAAGUUAUAGAGACCAAGUUGUAAAUGAGAAUUUUGGCUCUUUGUAAAUAGAAGUUUGGUUGCUGGAGCAAAGUAAGCCCCUACUUUCUUCUAGGCACUUAUUCCUAUUGUGCUCCCAUUUAUAGGUUUUUAUAAUUGUGUCCAACAUGAAAAGUAAUUGGUUUCCUCUUCUGUAAUCUGAGGCCAUAAUCGACUCACACAGAAUGGGAAGCGGAGAACUGAGAGAAUUAUCUGGCUCGUUCAAUCCCCAAAUGUCCUUUUUGUCUUAGCUAUCUAGAUGUGUCAAGGCAAAAAGCCACUAUGCAGGAAGAAGGAGACUCCAAGGGGCCAGAGCUGCCCUUUUUCACAUUCCGUUUGCAUGGGAUCUGUGUGUGUGUGUGCCACUAAGUGUUCUGGACAGUAUUCUUCCAAUAAAAUCCUAGUGUAACAAAGUAGCUCACAUCACUGUAUGGAUAUUUUUUUGCAAAAAAAAAAAAAAAGAAAGAAAAAAUGCUUUGUAAUAGCUGCGUUGGAUUUCAUUUGU